CACACUCCCCUGCAUUUUGCAGCGAGGAAGCUCCAUAUGCUAUAGCCCCGCGGCAGCCGCCGGCGGCAGGUCCCUGUGCCUGGCAGAGGCAGGCUACGCCGGGGCUCGGCAGCCGCCGGCACCGCCAUGGAGUUCUCCGAGCUGAUCAAGACGGCGACGGUUGAGAGCGUGCUGCUGUCGUGCGCGGGGCUGCCGGUGGUGAAGGGCACCCUGUGCAUCACCAGCCACCACUUGCUCCUCUCCUCCUGCCCCGGGGGGGACGGCCAGCCCGGCACCGUGGAGCUCUGGCUGCUCAUCCGCAACGUGGAUGCCGUGGAGAAGAGGCUCGCCGGCUCCUCCGGCACCAUCACGCUCCGGUGCAAAGACCUGAAGGUGCUGCAGCUGGAGAUCCCGGGCAUGGAGGAAUGUCUCAACAUCGCCAGCUCCAUCGAGGCCCUCUCCUCAGUGGACUCCGUGAUGAUGAUGUACCCGUUCUUCUACAGACCCCAGAGCCUGAAGCUCGAGGAAGGAUGGCAGCUUUUCCCCCUCGAGCCGUACUUCCAACAGAUCGCCUCGCAGACGAGCCAGUGGCGGCUGAGCGACGUGAACCGGGAUUUCACCACCUGCCCCACGUACCCUCCCGCCGUCAUCGUGCCAGCGGCGGUGGACGAUGAUGCCUUACGGAAGGCUGCCCGUUUCCGGCAGGGCGGGCGAUUCCCCGUCCUCAGCUAUUACCACCCCAAGAACGGCACUGCAAUGCUCCGCAGCAGCCAGCCGCUGACGGGCCCCAACCGAAAGCGCUGCCGCGAGGACGAGAUGCUGCUGGGGACAGUCCUGGAUGAGGGGGAACGGGGCUUUAUCAUUGAUACGCGGUCGGCCCAGGCGGCAAAGCAGGCUCGGAUGACGGGGGGAGGCACGGAGCCCAAGUCCUCCUACCCGCAGUGGAGGAGGCUGCACAGGCCCCUGGAGAGAGGCCGCCCGCUGCAGGAGAGCUUUGUUAAGCUGGUGGAAGCCUGCAACGACACCUCGAUCAACAUGGACCGGUGGCUGAGCCGGCUGGAGAGCUGCCGCUGGCUGAGCCACGUCAAGGCGGCCCUGAGCACGGCCUGCCUGGCCGCACAGUGCAUGGACAGGGAGGAGGCCAGCGUGCUGGUGCACGGGGCAGAGGGGACGGACACGACGCUGCUGGUGACGGCGCUGGCCCAGGUGAUCCUGGACCCAUCCUGCCGCACGCUGGCGGGCUUCCAGGGGCUGCUGGAGCGGGAGUGGAUCAAGGCCGGCCAUCCCUUCCACCUCCGCUGCGCCCGCUCUGCCUACUCCCACGCCCGGCUGAAGCAGGAGGCGCCGCUUUUCCUCCUCUUCCUCGACUGCGUGUGGCAGCUGAGCCGCCAGUUCCCCUUCUCCCUGGAGUUUGGCGAGCGCCUCCUCCUCACCCUCUUCGACAACGCCUACGCCUCUGCCUACGGCACCUUCCUCUGCAACAGCGAGAAAGAGAGGAGCCUGUGUAAAGUGAAGGAGAGCACGCACUCCCUCUGGGCCUGGCUGAACCAGCCCGGGGAGAAGAAGAAGUACCUGAACCCUCUCUACUCGCACAACGCACUGGUCAUCUGGCCCUCCGUCGAGCCCCAGAGCAUCCAGCUCUGGCAGGGUUUAUUCUUCCGAUGGAUCCGUUCGUCCCAGUACCUGGACGAGGCCUGGGCAGAGAUCCAACGGUUAGUAGAGGGUAACGACCCCCCCGUCAAGGAGAGCGCGGGGAACAGGCUGAGCCGGUCCCUCUCCGACCCCGCUGCCCAGACGGAGAAUGGAAGAUGAACGGCAGAGUGGUCAACUCGGUCCCUGCGGGCUGCCGGGCCAAGGUGACGCUGCAGCUUUCCGUGGGAAGCACUGUGCAGGACACAGGCCCCGCGGAGCCCGGAGGACAGCUCUGGGAGGCGAGGACAAACUCCCUUUCGCAGCCUCUGGGCUGCGCAGACUGAACUUGUUUCAGUAAAGUGCUCUCUCUCGCAGCCCACGCCUGCUUUUCCGCUCUUACGUAGGGGCAGGAGCGGCCCCGCUCCCUCGCAAGCGGGGCUCCUUCCCGCUCUCUUCCCCAGCAGGAUUUCAGCAGCGCUUGUACCUGGACCACCGGCGGAGCAGAAGGGCAGGAGG